CUCUGAGUUCCUGCGCUCCGCUUUCUCCGUUGGCAGAGAGCAAGAGAGAGGGAGCGAGGGAGAGGCAGAGAGAGAGAGAGAGAGGGAGAGAGAGGUUCUCUCCACAUUAGCACGAUGGCAUCAGAUCCAGGGCUGCUGCCUCUCGUCCUGUGGACUAUAUCCUUACAGGUGCUGGGCUCCAGAGCCUCGUCCAACAAUGAAGUGAAUCUCCUGGACACUUCCUCGAUAUCAGGAGACUGGGGCUGGCUGACAUACCCAUCACACGGGUGGGACGCCAUUAAUGAAAUGGACGAGUACUUCAGCCCCAUCCAUACUUACCAAGUGUGCAACGUCAUGAGCCCCAACCAGAACAACUGGCUGCGGACGAACUGGAUCCAGCGCAACGGCGCCCACCGCAUCUACAUCGAGAUCAAGUUCACGCUGCGGGAUUGCAACAGCAUGCCUGGAGUGCUGGGAACGUGCAAGGAAACGUUCAACCUCUACUACUACGAAAUGGACCGUGACAUGGGCGCCACCAUGUGGGAGAGCCAGUUCUCCAAGAUCGACACGAUUGCGGCUGACGAGAGCUUCACCAACGUGGACCUGGGGGUGCGGAGACUCAAACUCAACACAGAAGUGCGGGGCGUGGGGCCGCUCAGCAAACGAGGCUUCUACUUGGCCUUCCAGGACAUCGGAGCCUGCAUCGCCAUCGUUUCCGUGCGGGUUUAUUACAAGAAGUGCACAGGCAUGGGUCGGAACUUGGCCGUGUUCACGGACGUGGUCACGGGGGCUGACUCGUCGUCGCUGGUGGAGGUCAGGGGUCAGUGUGUGGACCAUGCUGAGGAGAGGGACACACCCAAGAUGUACUGCAGCGCUGAGGGGGAAUGGCUCGUUCCUAUUGGGCGAUGCGUGUGCAGCGCUGGCUUUGAAGAACACAGGGAGUCUUGCAUUGCUUGUGAGGUAGGCUUCUACAAACCGCUCGCUGGAGACCAGCUGUGUGGGAAAUGCCCUCUGCACAGCCACUCAGAGACCCGAGCCGCUCUCACUUGCCCUUGCGAUGCCAACUACUACCGUGCGCCCACGGACCCAACGGCUGCCCCUUGUACAAGACCCCCGUCGGCCCCUGUAAAUUUGAUUUCAUCUGUAAAUGGGACCUCCAUCAGCCUGGAGUGGGGGUCUCCUUUGGAUACUGGCGGCCGGACUGAUCUCAUCUAUGACGUGCAGUGUCAGAGGUGUGUAAAUGGUGGUCAGUGUGAGGACUGCAGCUCUGGAGUCGGGGGCACUGGAACUAGUAUCAGCGGAGGGGUUGGGGGUGUUGUAGGAGCAUUCGGAAGCUCAGGUGGAGGAACAACUGGGAGCGGAGGAGGCAUGGUGUCUCGAACAGGAGCUGCCCCCAUUCGGUUUAUCCCCCAGCAGACGGGGCUGACGGAGCCAUGGGUGAAUGUGGUGAAUCUGGUGGCUCACGCUAACUAUACCUUCCGCAUCCUGGUGAUGAACGGGGUCACUCACUUGAGCAGUGAGCCACUGCCCUACAUCAUGGUUAAUGUUACCACGAAUCAGGCAGCUCCCUCUCAAGUGAUGGCUGUCCGUCAGGAGAAUGCCAGUAUGAACAGCGUCACUCUCAUGUGGAAUGAACCAGAGCAGCCCAACGGAGUCAUACUGGAAUAUGACAUCAAGUACUACGAAAAGGACAAAGAGCAGCAGAGUUACUCCACCUUGAAGUCAAAGACCACCAGUGCUAAAGUUUCCGGCCUCAAGCCUGGCACCAGUUAUAUCUUCCAGAUCCGCGCCAGGACCUCGGCUGGCUGCGGCCGCUUCAGCCCCUCUGUGGAAAUCCAGACUGGAAAAGCAGUCCCCUUACGCUACAACACAGUGACCAUUAUCUGGAUCUGCAUGGCGUUGGUCACAGGGCUUGUGACCGUUCUGGCCAUUGUCAUCUGCAGAAAACGGCAAGAGGAACAUUGUGGCUACAGCAAGGCUUUCCAGGAUUCGGAUGAGGAAAAGAUGCACUACCAGAAUGGCCAUGUAUCAUUUCCAGAAGCCAGGUUUUAUAUUGAUCCCCACACAUACGAGGACCCAUGCCAGGCUGUCCAUGAGUUUGCCAGAGAAAUUGAAGCUUCCAGGAUCAAAAUUGAGAAAAUUAUUGGCUCAGGAGAGUUUGGGGAAGUUUGUUACGGCCGCAUGAAGCUGCCGGGGAAGCGAGACAUCCCAGUGGCCCUGAAGACCCUGAAGGCCGGCUACACAGAGAAACAGAGGCGAGAUUUCCUGAGCGAGGCCAGCAUCAUGGCCCAGUUCGACCACCCUAACGUCAUCCACCUGGAGGGAGUGGUCACGCGAAGUAAGCCAGUAAUGAUCAUUACAGAGUAUAUGGAGAAUGGGUCACUGGAUUCAUUCUUGAGGAGACAUGAUGGUCAGUUCACCAUCAUUCAGCUGGUGGGAAUCCUCCGAGGGAUCGCAGCCGGCAUGACUUACCUGUCUGAUCUCGGGUAUGUCCACCGGGACCUGGCUGCCCGGAACAUACUGGUCAACAGCAACCUGGUCUGCAAGGUUUCAGACUUUGGCCUGUCAAGGGUCCUGGAGGACGACCCUGAUGCAGCCUACACAACCACUGGUGGAAAGAUCCCCAUCCGCUGGACGGCUCCAGAGGCCAUCGCCUACCGCAAAUUCUCCUCAUCCAGCGAUGUGUGGAGUUACGGGGUGGUGAUGUGGGAGGUGAUGUCCUAUGGAGAGCGGCCGUACUGGAACCUCACCAACAGAGACGUAAUCAAGUCAGUAGAAGAGGGCUACAGGCUGCCGGCACCGAUGGGCUGCCCCGGCGCCCUCCACACGCUAAUGCUGGACUGCUGGCAGAAAGACCGCAAUGAAAGGCCAAAGUUCUGCCAGAUCGUCACGGUCCUGGACAAGCUUAUCCGCAACCCAGAGAACCUCAAGUCAAUGGACACAUUGUGCAGACUGAACAGUCCUUUGAUGAACAGAAGCAUUCCUGAUUUCACUAGCUGCAGAUCAGUGGAUGAGUGGUUGGACACCAUUAAGAUGGGGCGCUACAAAGACCACUUUGCAGCAGGAGGUUACCAGACACUGGGUCAUGUGAUGAGCAUGAAUCAACAGGACAUCCAGAGGCUUGGGGUGACGCUGAUGGGCCACCAGAAGAAGAUCAUGACCAGCGUCCAGGUGAUGCGAGCCCAGGUGCUAAACCAGAGCGUGCCCUCAGUGCACGUAUAAUCGCCACCGCAGCGGUCUCCAUCUGAAUACAUAUUCAUCUAAUAUGUGUUUUUGGGUUGUGUGUUGCGAACUCUUAAAAGACUCUCUUCUAAGAAACAACUUCAAGAGGACUCCUUAGCUGCAAGGAUUUCCUCGGCACCGGACUUUGUUUU